UUGGUACUGCAAAAAGACCGUGCCCAAGUGCUGCGUUAGCUUUGACUGGAUAACGUGAAUGACACAUUGUAGAAACUCGUGUUCACACCGCAUGUGGCGCAACGGAGAGAGGAGGCGUCAACAGCAGAGAAUCGCGUAGCUAGGUUGCUAGCUAAGGAAGAUUAUGGAGAUGAGCAGUAGCGAGUGCUUCCGAUGUGGCCGUCCUGGGCAUUGGAUCAAGAACUGCCCCGAAGCUGGAGGGCGUGGCCGCGGCAGGGGCAGAGGAAGAGGAAAGGAUCUGUUCUGCUAUCGCUGUGGAGAGCAAGGUCACAUUGCCAGAGACUGUGAACAGACUGAGGAUGCCUGCUACAACUGCCACAGGAGCGGCCAUAUUUCCCGUGACUGCAAGGAGCCCAAGAAGGAGCGGGAGCAGUGUUGCUACAGCUGUGGCAAGGCUGGCCACGUGGCCCGCGACUGCGACCAUGCCAAUGAGCAGAAGUGCUAUUCCUGCGGAGGCUUUGGCCACAUCCAGAAACUUUGCGAUAAAGUCAAAUGUUACAGGUGUGGCGAGAUCGGCCAUGUGGCUGUGCAGUGCAGCAAAGCCAGUGAGGUGAACUGCUACAAGUGCGGCAACACCGGCCACCUUGCUAAAGAGUGCACCAUUGAAGCCACAGCAUAAUCAGUGCCCUUUGUUGCCCCUCCUAUUUUUUUCUGAUUGAUGGUUGGUUGUAUUAUUUUCUCUGAAUCGUCUUCACCGGCCAAAGGUUGGCUGACCGAGGCUAGUCCCGGGCCAGUGAGCCUCUCGACAUGUAAUAUUGAGAAAGGGGUAAAAAAAAAUCUUUCUGCAUUCAACACAAAAAUUUUGUUUAGUUUGGUAGCAGUGUUAUGUUUAAUGCUUUGUUAAAGAAUCCCCCUUUCCAAGCCACUGGUGAGCAGAGAUGAAUGAAUGGGACUAAAUAUAUGAGAUCUAGAGGACCUCUGGGCUUGUGGAAAGUGAGUCUCAGUAAGAAGGGAGUAAAAAGAAACUUGAACUUCCAUGUAUGGUUUGUUUUAGCGGGAUAACAUAUGAGUUGGCCAAGAGCAUAUGACAUGGGUCAUAUGGUGUGAACUGUUACCCAUCUGCAUCUGGGCCCUACAAGCAGCUAAGUGCUGGGCGAUAACAUAAAUGAUGUGUUAUAUCGACAAAAGCCGUUUUGAAAGAAUCUUAAGUUCUUUUAUAAUAGAAAAAAAAUAAUUGUUUACAAUUCAAAGGAGUAUGGGUAAAUAGUCCAAGGUAGACGUUUCCCCCAAAAAAUGAUUUUUGGAAACUUUUACCUUGGAGGAAAAAUGUGCAUCAAGAACACAGUUGUCAGAUCAUCAGAAUUUGCAGUUAUUUGGGAGUGGAGAAUGUUUUCACAGAAAUCAAAUGUUAUUUUUGUACAAUAUCACUUAGACUACUGUAAAAAUACCAUUUGCUUGUACUCAGUUUUUAAGUCGGAAGGAAAUGCAACUGAAGUCCUAGAACAUAGAAAUGUAAUUUUAAACUAUCAAUAAAGCUGGAGGAGCACAGGGAG